ACUAGGCGACACAAACACUAGCUGUACGUGUUCACUCCCCUCCUCACUUUCCAUAUCACUUUUUAAAAUUCGGAGAUGCUGUGCCUCCAGCCCCUUCGCACCAUUCUCUGAUCUCUCUCUUUCGUCUCCGUUCAUCGCCGAAUCUGAGAUUUACAAAGCAAUGUCAUCGAUGGAUGUGGACAACAAGUUCUUCAAUGUGGGCCUUCUCCUCGUGGCCACUCUGGUGGUGGCCAAGCUCAUCUCUGUGCUUCUGACGCCGAGAUCCAGAAAGCGCCUGCCUCCAACCGUUAAGACAUCACCUGUUAUCGGCGGUCUUCUUCGGUUCAUGAAAGGUCCCGUGGUUAUGCUCCGUGAAGAGUACCCCAAGCUCGGAAGUGUAUUUACCUUGAAUUUCUUGAACAAGAACAUCACUUUCUUGAUCGGGCCGGAAGUUUCAGCUCAUUUCUUCAAGGCUCCGGAGUCUGAUCUUAGCCAGCAAGAGGUGUACCAGUUCAAUGUGCCUACUUUCGGACCCGGGGUUGUUUUUGAUGUUGACUACUCAAUAAGGCAGGAGCAGUUCCGGUUCUUUACGGAGGCUUUGAGAGUCACCAAAUUGAAGGGGUAUGUGGACCAGAUGGUUAUAGAAGCUGAGGACUACUUUUCUAAGUGGGGAGAUAGUGGCGAGGUGGACCUAAAAUAUGAGCUAGAGCAUCUAAUCAUCUUGACUGCCAGUAGAUGUCUCUUAGGUCAAGAAGUCCGUGAUAAGCUCUUUGAUGAUGUCUCAAGUCUCUUCCACGAUCUUGACAAUGGAAUGCUUCCCAUCAGUGUUGUCUUUCCAUAUCUGCCAAUCCCAGCCCACCGUCGCCGUGACCAGGCUCGCAAGAAGCUUGCAGGAAUUUUUGCAAACAUCAUAGCCUCCCGUAAGAGUGCAGGCAAAUCAGAGAAUGACAUGUUACAGUGCUUUAUCGACUCAAAGUAUAAAGAUGGUCGGCCAACUACUGAAUCUGAGGUCACAGGCCUUCUCAUUGCUGCUCUCUUUGCUGGGCAACACACCAGUUCCAUCACUUCCACUUGGACCGGGGCUUACCUCCUCUGUCACAAGGAUUACUUAUCGGCUGUGCUUGAUGAACAGAAGAACCUGAUGACGAAGCAUGGGAACAAGGUUGAUCAUGAUAUCUUGUCCGAGAUGGAAGUACUGUAUCGGUGCAUCAAGGAGGCCCUGAGACUCCACCCUCCUCUUAUUAUGCUGCUCCGAAGCUCACAUAGUGACUUCAGUGUCAAAACCCAGGAAGGAAAAGAAUACGAUAUCCCGAAAGGCCACAUUGUUGCUACUUCUCCAGCUUUUGCCAAUCGGCUCCCCCAUAUUUACAAGGACCCAGACAGGUAUGAUCCUGACAGGUUUGCACCUGGGAGAGAUGAAGACAAGGCAGCUGGGGCAUUCUCAUAUAUAUCUUUUGGAGGAGGCAGACAUGGCUGUUUAGGAGAACCAUUUGCAUAUCUGCAGAUAAAGGCAAUAUGGAGCCAUCUGCUUAGAAAUUUCGAGUUAGAACUCAUCUCCCCGUUUCCAGAAAUUGACUGGAAUGCCAUGGUGGUGGGUGUAAAAGGGAAGGUUAUGGUGCGCUACAAGCGACGAGAGCUUGCUGUUAACUGAGGGAGACAACUUUCCUUUCAUGGCCCUCAUAAAUGGUUGGCAGACUUAAAUUAAACUCAGAUCUCUGAGGCUGCUUGGAUAGAUAGCAAUGCUGCUGUUGUCACUUAGUUUAGCCUUCUUUUAAGGCAUUGACCUUGUGUUUAUUGGAUGAUUUAUUGGGCUGUCAUUUUUGGCCGUGAUAAUUUUAGCUUCUUUUUUUCUCUU